CCUUCGCAACCACAAGUAAUCACACGCUUAGUCACUCCAUAUUCACUCAUUAAUUUAUAAGCACACAUACUCUUUCUCCCUCUUUCUUCUCUCUUCUGCAUUCUACGGGGUGGUAGGCGAAAUGCAGCCUCUUGUGUAUACGAAUCAAGACGAACUAUCGGACCACUUCCGGAAAUUUUUUGAAGACUGUCCGCUCGACCUCGAAAAGAAUGCUAUUCCGUUUGAAAGGACUUCUGAUACGGCUCACUUUAAAUCUGUUCUGACAGUGCCUCAGACUGCAACGCAGUUCAACACCCCACCAGCUGCUACUACUAUACCUUCAAACCAGUCUGCCACCAAUGCAGCCUUACUUCUUAAUCUCGACCCCGGUACGGAAGAGGCCCUCUGCAGGACUAUCGCUGGCGAUUUUUACAGCCAUACACGCAAUCGACUCGAGUAUGAAAUCAAGUCUGUUCAUCUUUUGCGAAACCCCCUUGUCUGGAGACGCUAUCAAGCUGAGAAGCAACUCCGGAGGCAGUUAGCUGAACAAGAUAGACUGGCCCGUACAAGGGCCCGAUGCAACUCAAACAGUGAUGAGAAAGAUGAUGUGGGCCCUACACAACUCUUCAGGGACGAAAUAUUGUAUCACGGGACGCAACAGAGACGUAUCCCCUCUAUACUCCUCAAUGGACUAGACCCACGGAUGACUGUGCGAGCAAUUUAUGGCAAAGGCGUUUACUUCUCAGAUUCGAUCGAAAAGUGCAUGCAGUAUGUAGACAAGCAGACCAGUAUGGAUCAGGAAUACUCGAUUAUCCUUUGCUGUGUCCUCUUGGGCAAUGUCCUGGUUGAGCCAUACGAAAGAUCAAAACGAAACCUCACUCAGCAAACAAUGUUCUUGCCAGAAGGCUAUGACUCUGCUGUGGAGCAAGAUGUCUUCAAAGAAUGGAUUGUUUUUGAAAAGUCACAGAUUCUCCCACUCUGUGUUAUUAACUUUACAGCAUCCAACAAUCCGGAUAGUUUUUUCCGAAUGACAGCGCAUCAAGUCCUCUUCAAUAACUCCAGUACAUAUCCUAGUGCCAUCACGGACAUUGCAAGGAGAUGCACAGUGCCGACACCUACGGAUAACGGCCAUCAACGGAGUCGAGAUGAACUGAGCAAAUCAGAACUUUGGAGAGCACCUGAUUUUGCAUUUAGAGCAAUGUUGAUUGGGAUCUUUGACCUGCCAGGCAACCUCCCCACCACUCAAAUACGGAACAUUCACUUCGAACCCUCCAAAGAAUGGGCCGUCCGCUUUAUUGAGCCUUUAUCAAAUGAAGAAAAAUUCUUCUACAUGAGCGAUUCUAGUUACAACACGUUAAUGGAGCUAUUCAAAAAUAUUCAAGUACAUAUGGUACGCAUGGAAAAUAGAAAACAAGUAAACCGCGCACGCAGAACCAUAGAAGAAAACCGCAUAAAUAGUCAGAUUGACAAUCUUCCUGAUGGGCAAAAGUUGAUCGAGACGAUGGCCCUAGUAGGACCACAGCUCCAUCGGAUCCAAAGCGAGGGCAAUACAAUUACUCAGGAAAUUGAACGAAACAAAAAUCAACUGCUUGUUUCUGGGCGAGGGCAUAUCAUACAAAGCCAUGAAUUCCGGUUAUUCAUUCACCCAUUGGAGCGAAAGCUUGAGGAGCUCAAGGCCAUGCAUAAUGACCUGAUGGCGCAGUUAGCACCAUGGUCAAGAGAUGAUUUGAAUCGCGCCGAGCUUUUGCUCAAAGCAAAACAGGAGCUGCAAAAAGCGAUAGACGGGGAGCUAGAGUGGGAGCAACGACAGCAGAAAGUGAUUAGUGCUGAGAAGGCAAGGUCAAAGGCUCAAGGAUUUUCAUUGAUCACAACUAUCUCACUACAGCGCCUUGAAUCGCAUAUUCGAAAUGCUAAAGAGAGACGCGAACUCUUAGAGAAGGGCAAGAGCUUCGAAAUGAGCUUCCGCUUCACAGAUGUCGAGAUCGAGACUUCUUCAUCUAAAGUUUGGCCUCAAAUCGUAGCAGAAAUGUUGCUACCAGUGGUGAUGAUGACUCAUCUCAGUGACAAUAUCUUCGCACAUUUAAAUAACACCAGCAGGUGUUCGGAAAACCUUGAGAUGAAUCGUGAUAAGGAGGAAGCAAAUGGUGGUCUUAGGGAUGCUGGCGCUUGGUGGCAUGCUGCUCCUCAGGCUCUUUUUCAGGAGCCAGCCGCAGCCUCGGUCUUCUGGCCGAUUGAUCCCCGUAGCAGGCUUACUAACCGCCGACUCAUUCUAUUGCAAGACUAUGUUGAGUGGAUGUUCAUGGAGAAAGAGAACAGGACUCGAAAACGCGAUAGACGCCUCAAUCAAGGAACACCUUGGUCUAAUAGCAGCUUAAACCCAACUGAAGAACUUUUACCCUCAGAACUACCGGGAUUUAUUCAAGCACAGUGGGAUUUAUUGGAUCCAAGCAUUCUUCAUUCGAUCCGGGGACUGUCAAGUCGGUUUGGGACUGUAGUAUUUGACAGGAAGAAGCGACUAGAGGAAUUAGCUCAAAUGGGGAACGACCUGCUGAGUAACCUCUUUGUGGACGCAGAAUACCAUAUGCUGAUGGGGGAUAGGCAAUUAUCUUCAGGUUCUUCCGGCACGCAGACAUCGUCCACAUUACCGCCUGUAGAAUGUCCUAUUUGCCAAGAGGCUCUUGAACUACCGGAUCCUAAUAGCUCAUCAUUACCAACAACAGCAGCACAUGAAAAGGUUGUCAAGCUCAAAGGUUGUCGCCACUGUUUCCACGAGGAAUGUAUCAAGCAAUGGUUCCAGUCCAAGGAUGCGCAGCUGAAAUGUCCCAUGUGUAAUACCUUAUGUACAACAGAGGCCAAAGCAGGGGUAACUAAAAAUGCCUUAGGUGGACGACCACAGAAGUUAGGGCCUAGUCCGGAUGCUGUGAUGGGUUAUAGCUUUGAUGUGCGUCUAUGUUGUUACUUCAUUUAUAUCAUCAUACCAUCUCAUGAAAUUGAGGAUCCGGAAUACCCUAACAGGAGUGCACGUCCACGCACCACCAUCCACACGGACAUUCGGUAUGCCAUCGUCCCAUUUUCAGCGCGCCUAGGGCCUUUAUUAAUGAUUCGGUUAAUCGCUUUGUUUUAUUAUGGGCACCUGUUCCGGGUUGGGCGCUCGAUCACUCGGAAUGUGGAUAAUGUUGUGACCUGGAAUGGCAUUCACCUUCGAACUAGCUUAACGGGCCAGUAUGGUUUCCCGGCCCCCAAUUUUGAGAGGAACUGUUGGCAAGAGAUUAACCAGAAGGGUAUAGCUAUGGGAUUAGAAGAACUUGUACUAGGCAUGCCUCAAUCGGAUGGAUCGAUGUCAGCAGCAGUUGCAUCAACAUUGGACCCACAGGCUUUGAAUGGGAUCGCGUUACCAGCAGAAAUCUUAGCCGAGCUAGCAGCAGAGGAGAUGGUCGUCCGGAUAUUUCAUGAGAAUCGCCCUUUAUUAUUUACAUAGAC